AUGAAUAUCGCUACGAUCAAAAUCAUCUUCGCCGAGAAGGCCGUCGAUCAGGGCAAUACCCACCCCGCGUACAAGGACAAUGAAAUCAUUACCCGGCUGCUUAGCAUGCCUGCCAGAGAUGUGCACGUCUACAUCGGUGCAGACACCGAUAUCAAGGACCAUGUAAAGAUCUUCCUGAAUGAUGAGUGUGCACUGCGUGGCCUCCUGAUACAGAGCCGAGGCGUGACGGUGCAGAAGUGCAAGAAUUGUCGAGAGGAGUGGCAUGAGCGGGGCAUGCUGUAUGGAUGCUUCAUAGUGCCUGGGAAGGAGGAGCUAGGUUGUGGGGCUUGCAACUUCUUCGAGAAUGUAGGCAUCGUGGAGGAGAAGAACUGUGAUGGUAGAAUCGGUCGGUAG